UGAAGCCCUAACUCAGACCACUCCCAUCUUAUCUCCACUUAUGUCUUGUUUACUUGCAUUCAUAGCAUACAGAUUACACACCAACUACUCUCAUUCCAGUUUCCAGUUUCAAGUAAACCCUCUUCACUGUCUGUUAACAAUGGCAGAAGCUCUUCUCAAUGUCAUCUUUGACAAGCUAACCGAUGAAGCCUUCAAUAAAUUUGCUCGCUCUCAGGAGAUUGAUUCUAAGCUCAAUGACCUGAAGAUCACACUGACCCAAAUUAAAGCUCUGCUUAAUGAUGCUUCUCAAAAGGAAAUAACCGAUGAAUCUGUCAGACUAUGGCUGAAUAGUCUCCAACAGUUGGCUUACGAUAUCGAUGACGUACUCGACGAUGUUGCCACCGAAGCUAUACAUCGUGAGCUGACACAGGAAUCAGGAUCAGUCAUCAGCAAGGUAAGAAAGCUCAUGGUCCCAAGUUUCUUCACAAAAUUCUCACUAAGUCAAAGUUUGCGUCACAAGUUAGAUAGUAUUACCACCCAGUUACAACAACUAGAAAAACAAAAGUCUGAUCUGGGUUUGACUGUGAGAGAUGAUAAGCCAAAAAGUACUACUAGAAGAAACGAAACCUCUUUGCUAGAAUCUGAUGUUGUUGGGCGAGAAGGUGAGAAAGAGAAGUUGAUCAACAAGUUGUUGCAGGAUGAACCUUCUAAACAAAACUUUAUUAUUGUGCCCAUCGUUGGUAUGGGUGGGGUGGGGAAAACCACUCUGGCAAGAAUAUUGUAUAACGAUACACGGGUGAAAGAUCACUUUGAACUCAUGAUAUGGGUUUGUGUUUCCGACGUGUUUGAUAUAUUCAAAAUAAGUGAAACCAUCUUCCAAUCAGUGGCUACAGAAAACAAGCAGUUUAAAGACAUAAAUCUGCUUCAAACUGCUCUGAGAGAGCAACUUAAGGACAAAAGAUUUCUUGUAGUACUUGAUGAUGUUUGGAAUGAAAACUAUGACGACUGGGAAAACCUAGUGCGUCCAUUUCAUUCUGGGGCUACUGGAAGUAGGGUAAUCAUGACAACUCGCCAGCAGCAACUGCUUAAAAAGAUAGGUUUUAAUCAUCUAGACCUUCUCGAGAGUUUGUCGCAUGAUGAUGCUUUGUCUUUAUUAGCUCGACAUGCAUUGGAUGUAGAUAACUUUGACUCGCAUGAAACACUUAAACCACUAGGUGAAGGUAUUGUCAAAAAGUGUGGUUGUUUGCCUUUGGCUAUAAAGGCAAUCGGAAGGCUGUUGAGAACGAAGACAGAUGGAGAAGAAUGGGAUGAUGUGUUAAACAGUGAGAUAUGGGAUUUAGAAACUGCUAAUGAAAUUGUUCCCGCCCUUAGGCUAAGUUACCACGAUCUUUCUGCCAAUUUGAAGCGAUUGUUUGCUUAUUGCUCUUUGUUCCCUAAGGAUUUUUUGUUUGAAAAAGAGGAGUUGGUAUUAUUAUGGGUGGCUGAAGGGUAUCUGAAUGAGUCACUUGCAAACAAGUCACCAGAAUGCUUGGCCCGUGAAUGUUUUGAGAAGUUGCUAUCGAGGUCAUUUUUUCAACCUGCACCUAGUGGUGAACCCUUUUUUGUUAUGCAUGAUCUCAUGAAUGACCUGGCCACAUUUGUUGCUGGAGAAUAUUUUUUAAGGUUUGAUAAUCAGAUGGAGAUGACGGAGGAAGCUUUAGCCAAGUACCGACAUAUGUCAUUUAUUCGUGAGAAGUAUGUAGCUUUCCAGAAGUUCGGGGCAUUUGAAAAGGCCAGAAGUUUGAGAACAUUGUUAGCGGUAUAUGUUGGGGUAGAUCAAGGCUCGAAGAAGUUUUACUUAUCCAGCAAGAUUUUGGUUGACUUACUUCCAGGGUUACCAUUACUAAGGGUUCUUUCUUUGAGCCAUUUUAAUAUAAAUGAGGUACCAGAUUUCAUUGGUACAUUGAAGCACCUGCGGUAUCUUAAUCUAUCUAAAACUUAUAUCAAAGAGUUACCAGAGAAUGUUGGUAAUCUUUAUAAUUUACAAACAUUGAUAGUUUUUGGGUGUAAGAGUUUGACCAAGUUGCCUAAAAGCUUUUUAAAGCUAAAAAAAUUGCGGCAUCUUGACAUUAGAUAUACUCCACUUCUGAAGAACCUGCCCUUGGGAAUUGGUGAGUUGAAAUGCCUACAGACCCUCACUAGGAUUAUCAUCGGAGGAAACAAUGGCUUUGCAAUAACCGAGCUUAAGGGGUUGAAGGAACUCAAUGGGGAAAUUUCCAUUGAGGGGUUGAACAAAGUACAGAGCUCAAUGCAUGCACGAGAGGCGAACUUAUCUUUCAAAGGGAUUCACAAGUUAGUGUUGAAAUGGGAUGAUGGGUCUGCAAGUGAAACACUUGAGAAGGAAGUUCUCAAUGAGCUAAAGCCUCGCAGUGAUAAGUUAAAAAUGCUUGAGGUUGAUUGUUACGAGGGAAUGGAGUUUCCAAAAUGGGUUGGGGAUCCGUCUUUUAAUAGAUUGGUUCAUGUGUCUCUACGCGCUUGUAGAAAAUGUACAUCUCUACCGCCACUUGGGCGACUACCUUCACUUGAAAUUCUAAGGUUUAAAGAUAUGUCGAGUUGGGAUGUAUGGUCAACCGAUGGUGAGGGAAUGUUUCCACGCCUUAGAGAGCUUCAAAUAAAAAAUUGUCCCAAUUUGAUUGAUGUCUCAGUUGAAGCAUUACCUUCACUAAGAGUUUUAAGAAUAUAUAAAUGUUGUGAAAGUGUGCUGAGAAGUUUGGUUCGAGCAGCUUCAUCAACCACAGAGAUAGAAAUCAGAUCUAUUUUAGGGCUUACGGAUGAGGUGUGGAGAGGUGUUAUAGAGAAUUUAGGGGCAGUAGAAGAACUAAGCAUACAGGAUUGUGAUGAAAUAAGAUACAUGUGGGAAUCAGAUGCAGAGGCAAGUAGAGUUCUUACAAAUUUAAAGGAAUUGAAGGUAAGGGAUUGUAAAAAAUUGGUGAGUUUAGGAGAGAAAGAGGAGGAUGAGGAUAACAUUGGGAGCAACCUCCUAUCAUCCUUUAGGAAGUUGGUUAUAGAUUCAUGUGAAAGUAUGGAGCGUUUGUGUUGUCCCAAUAGCAUUGAGAGUUUAGACAUCAGUUGGUGUAGUUCAGUUAGAGAUGUCUCCUUCCCAAGAGCAACAACAACAGGUGGAGGAGGGCAGAAUCUCAAGUCACUUACUAUACAUAUAAUUUUUUGUGAAAAUCUAAAAUCAAUAAAUCAAUUGAGUAACUCCACUCACCUCACCUCUUUGACCAUAUACAAUUGUGAAAACAUGGAGUUGUUUUCUGAUCUUCGUCAGCUAUCAAACCUUACCAGGUUGACAAUAGAUGGUUGUGAAAGCAUAGAGUCAUUUCCUAACCUCCAGCUGCCAAAUCUCACACAUCUAGCAAUAGGACGUUGCAAAAACAUGAAGGCAUUUGGUGACCUGCAGCUACCAAAUCUAAUCAGUUGGGGCAUAUAUGAAUGUGAAAAGCUGGAGUCAUUUCCUGACCUUCAGCUAUCCAAUCUCACCAUGUUAAAACAUAUGGGUAUCAGCAGCUGUCCAAUGAUUGAUGCUUCCUUUCCUCGUGGGCUUUGGCCUCCCAAAUUGGUUAGCCUUGAAGUAGGGGGGUUGAAAAAGCCCAUCUCAGAAUGGGGCUAUCAGAAUUUCCCACCUUCCCUUGUUCACCUAGCGUUAUAUAAUGCACCUGGUGUGAGGAAUUUUAGUCAAUUGUCCCACCUUUUCCCUUCUUCUCUUACAUCUCUGGAGAUAAACAAAUUUGAUAAUCUGGAAUCACUUUCAUGGGGACUCCAACACCUCACAUCCCUUCAACAUCUCACCAUUUACAGCUGCCCAAAGUUGAACGAUCUACCAGAAUCGCUGUUACCUUCACUUUUGAGUUUGAAAAUAUAUGAAUGCCCAAAAUUGAAAGAAAGGUGUGAAGGAAGAGGCUCCCAUUACUGGCCCCUCAUCUCUCAUAUCCCCUGCAUCGAAAUCGAAAUUGAAGACUAAUUGAAAGAAAGUCGCUGAAAACAGAUUUCCUAUCGUGAAUACCUAAUCACCAGAGGUAAAACGACAUCGUACCGCCAUCUUCACACAUCAUAUCGGAUUUAUAAAGCCAUCACAGCCGAUGACUUCGUCGACGGCUGUCAUUUUUCCGUCAGUCACAGACGUUGAAGAAUUUGCAAAUAGUACGAGUGAAGAAAGCCUAGAAACGAUACAGUAUCUUCAUGCAAAUUUUAACUCAACUAUCGAGACUCGUAUCAUGCAGUUCCAAUGGAUGGAAUAUUUAGGUGGAAGGUAACAAAUGAUGCUUAAUCUUUACGUUGAUGGUGAUAUGGAGUUGAUCCAUGAUUUACCAGACUCGUAUUUGGAGCAACUAGACACACAGAAGUGAGCUAGAAAAUGGUUUAAAACU